AUGGGAGCCGCUCAAAACGGGGAGUCCCGUUGGACUGACACGUCGGUGAUACUUGGUCUUCAAAAGCAUAUUCAAACUGCUACGGCACUUACCGACCCAGCCUUGGGCACUCAUUCGCAGCAACUGGCUUCUCACAUUGCCACAGUUCAAUCCAGACGAAAUCGCUAUGCGGUGGUUCGGCGUUUAAGACGCAACAAUUCCAGCAUUAAUUGGCCCGCGGAUAGACCGUUUCCAAGUGUGGAGGCUGAACUCAAUGUGCCCACAAGUCAAACAGCUGGAGAUUUGUUGCUUCCAUCGAAAGAUGUUCUCAUGGAGAAAACCAGACGUGCACAAGAACAGGAAAAUAUGCAGAUAUUGAAUGAUCUGUUCGUGUGGAUUGAACAAAAUAAUGUGGAACAAAUUGUGGAACAUCAUCAAAAGCUCGCACUCUUGAAAGAAGAACUCAGUUCGUCUGAUCAGUCGGUCCGAUCCGAGAUUGGUUUGAAUCCCCUCGAUUAUGCUGUUUUGUUAGCCUCACCGCAAACAAUCGCCCUCCUAAUCAUGCUCGGGUUUAGGCCAGGUGCUAUGCUGAGUGUGGCUUUGGAACAUGGACCUGCGAAUGUACGGGUCACAGAUCCGAUGAAAUUUUUUCUAACCCGUCGUAUAGGAGAUGUGGAAGCUAAAAUUAGUACAGCCCAAGUUUGUCUGGACACGGCGGUGUCACGCGCAAACGCCUACUCGCUCAUCCAACGAGAUCCUAACGUGACCGAUUGGGAUCAGUCUGCAAUGAGUGAAGCGUUUACCGAAGUGGCUCAAAAGGAGAUGGAUUUGCAACGUGCCGUCAAACAUCGGGACAAACUUGUUGAAUUACGUAAUGCACUAGAUCGAUAUCCGCCUACUCCACCGGCACCGAGUAAAGUGGUCCUGAUGGUUUACAGUGCUCGGUCCAUUCUGGUUCGAGUAUCUCCUCCACGACAAUCUCGUUUGCGAGUGAAUGUCACUAAAUCGACAACUGUCGUGGAGUCCAGUGAACUACGUGAUACAACAUCAUGUGAAUCAAGCUCACCGGAAACCGGGCGUAGUCCUUUUGAGGGCAGGAAAGUGGCUGGAUUUGAGAUCGAUAGCUACGGACUACUAGUCAUCCGAUAUCGUAUCGAAUGGUCUCUGUCGGCGGAUUUUCAAAACGAUGUGUUUUCUUGCACCGUAGCCCCACCAAUUCGUCUCACUUCAAUUGUCCCGGAUUCAAAAAAGCCGGAUACAUCUGCACGAUUGUUUGUGCGCACCGGAUUUUAUGAAUUGGACGGCUUCCAAUCGGGACAGAAUGUGUACGUUCGCGUCUACGCGUUCACAGUUCGUGGCUGGUCUGAACCGUGUUACGCACAACCCCGUUUUGUGGCCCCGUCUUCAUGGAUCGAUGCGUUACAGAGGUCGAAAGAGAAUUCAGAAACAACCGAGAAAACGAUUCCCUUGCGCUACGGAGCGGAAAUUUUCAGCGAAAAAUUCCAGGCAUUAAAGAAAUUGCUCGACCAACAAUUGCUUAUCUGGACCUAUCGACAACCGUCGACAAGUAAUCCAUGUGAAGCGAUAGCCGGAUCAGAAGAGGGUGGAAAGCGCACACGUUCGCCCAUGAUUCAGCGAAAACGGUCAUUUCGGUUUCCUUUUACCACUAAAGGUAUGAAAUUUGUCAGACAGACUAAAACGGGAGUCUAUCUGGCCCUAGUGUGUCAUAGUACACCUAGCAGUACAGUGUCGAUAUCAGAUCGUGAGACCCUGGAUAAGUCCCAACUGAUUCUGGUCGAUGACUUCAUACCGAUGGUCUGUGUCACGAAAGAAGAGCCUAACCUGGGUGCUCAAACAAGUGCUGAUAUGAACUGGUUCUCUCGACUUUUAGCACAGCCCAAGUUUGGAACGGAUCUGCAAUUGAUUAGCGAAAAUCUUCUGCGUUCAACGACCCCGGCAAACCUACAAUUUCGCUUUCUACUUCUCACAGCACUUCAACGAAUGCAGAUCGCAUUAGGGACUUAUGACGUUGGUGUUCUCUAUCCGGAUUGGUUCAGCGGUCGUUUGAUUGAGUCAAACAUAUCCAGCUUAGUAACUGAACUAUCCGAGUUCAGUUUAUCUACAACGGGCGUCCGCACCGCGGAUGAUAUGACCGAGGGGGUUGCAAACACUCCGGCACCGUCUACUCCCGUCAGUCAACCCGAGACUUCCAGCAAAUCAACACAAAACAGUCUCAUUCUGGUCCUGGUAAAACACGUUCAAAAUCCGAACGAUGUGACUUGUUCGGGCGGAUUCCGCUGGUAUCCUCUUCACAAAUUUCUACGUCAGAACAAAUUGAAUCCCGCUGAUUUCACACUGGUCGGCACAGAAGUGACACCGUCGCCGAAAAUUUCCGUCACCGAAUCCGAGUCCGGUGGUAGCAGUCGAAAUGUCCCCAUGAGACCGGAUCUAAUCUAUCUAACCCCGGAGCUACAUUUGCUAAGCAAUUUGGACGUACUACUCUAUUAUUCGGAACGACGUCAGAACAAAUUGGAUCCGGGUUUGUACGUGAGUCUGAUUCAAAUGCAUGCACAUUUCGAUCACCAGGCUAAAAUUUUGUCCUCCAAAACCUCAAACGUGAUCCAUAUGCUCCCGGUGGAACGGGUUCGUCGACGAACGCACGUUUGUCGUUCCGAGUGGAACACACUGUACAAUCUGCUCGUGGCCACAGAUCCAGAUGCAGUGUCGAAUCCCGGAUCAACGACACAUAUGGUUGUCAAUGAACCGUACGCAUUGCGAUUCUGUCGGAAACUGCACAACGCGUGGAUUCGACUGGCCAAACGUCUAAAUUACACGGAUGAUGAACUACUGGACUUUCGUUUCUAUUUACCUGAGGUGAUUCAGAUCUCACCUCAGCACGCACUCAUUUUAAUCUUUCCCAAAACAGAUCAAGUCUGUUUACCUCCAGGACAUUCCACAACUCCACCACCAAGUAACUGCUCUUGGAUAUUUAUGGCUUAUUUCGAACGCAAUUUGGGUAUGAUCUACGAUCCGAUUUUCUACAACACAGCGUCCAGUUUGAUGUCUAUGUUGGAAGUUUUAAUACCAAUGUCUACCUUGGUUCAACGUCAGUGUAUUGCAGAUUCUGAACUUGGCCAGUGUGUGGAACGGACAAACACAUUACAAUCAAUUUACCAUCAGGUAGACAGUGCGUUUCAAGAGAAACGCUGGCUGAGUGAGGUGAUUUCCGCAGCCAGAGAUCGAAAACGUCCGCACGCGUUGACUCUGCUCUCGCGUACGCUGAAAAUGUUUGUCGAUUCUGUCAUUCGUCGUAUGGAUAAUGGGCGGUAUGGAUUACGCGUUCUCGGCGAUCUGGGUGAAAUUAGCCUGGGCAGAUCGGAUUGGAAAGAUGUGCUCUAUCUAGGCAGUCCAAGCACCUUGAACGAGGCGAUCCAAAUAGUUGAAAGGAAAACGAACACACACGAGGUUCGGAAUCUGCUCAGUGUUUGCCACAUCCCUCGUGAUAGGGCAAUAAACGAGGUCACCAAGGAAGUUCCGCCUGUGGUGAACCACGAUCGCCAGGUCAGUGUUGUUCGUGUCUAUGCGGGCUACGCGACGGGGCUUGGUUCGGGUGCCUCAGUCAAAGUGCUGAUCAGCGUGCGUGCCACCGCUCGCGACAUUGUGGAAGUUGUCGUUGCCAAGCUGAACCGAACACUGGAGGCCAAACGCCAACAUCUGACUCAAAAACAUCGCUUGACAAAUCCAGUUCAUGUGCCCACUUUUGAAACUAUCGAGAGUGAUCGAUUUUGCCUAACCGUUUCGUUGGGUACCACGGAACGCCUCAUUCCCGACACUAUCCGUCCGCUUUUGUUGCAGGAACCGUGGAGAUCGGGUAAAUUGUAUGUACGUCUCAUCCACGAACUGCAACAGUACAUAUCUUCUAAUUCACCUACAAGGCUAUAUCUGGCCGUCGAAGACCAAAUAGCCGCAAUCUCCAAAGAUAAUCUGGAAACAGUCUCCUUUCUCCUGAGUCCGAUGCGUUCAGAACGAGCGAAAUUUUCUUCCACAGAAGAUGUAUUUCAUUGGGUGAAGAAAAGUGGUCCUCCUACAAUCUACAUGGACGGCAGGCCUGUAAAAUAA